GAGUAUUCACCGCAGUUCGCAUUGCGCUCGUAUGUCUUCGUUGAGCUCUAUGCGAUUCCCAUCCGCCUCGCCAAAGUGUUGGGCUUUAACAAGGUUCAAGCCUUCUACUGCCUUCGAGGGUCCUGUGGACUUGCAAGCGCCUUUUGCGAAGCCAGCUUCUGCGAUGCAGUUCAAUGCUCCUGCGGCACAAGGGUGGCAAUCCUGACCUUGUGCUUUCUGGCUGGGGCAAGCGGAAUGUUCCACUCCUCUGUCGCCGUGUUGCCCUCUACCACGUGCAUGUAUGCUGUACUUCUCGGUUUUGCAGCAUGGCUGCGCCGGCACUAUGCAGUGGGACUUGGAUGUGGGUCGUUUGCAGUCCUUUUGGGGAUGGCUGUAGCUGCACCGAUGUUUGUGCCGAUGGGUCUGGCCGCACUUGCCCCACAGAAUUUGGGCUUCCUUCGCGUAAUCGGCAUCGCCAUGCUGGCACUCCUGGCCUUCGCGGUGGUUCCUUCACUUUUGGACUGGAGAUACUAUGGCUCGCGCUGGCCUGUUUGGACGAUGGGCAACCAUCUGCUGUACAACUUUGGGGUCGGUGGUGGAGGUGUGGGCGCAGAUCUUUAUGGAACGGAGCCGUGGACUUUCUAUGCCAAGAACCUUUUGCUGAACUUUAACCUGGUCGCGCUGUUGGCAAUGCCGGCCAUUCUGUGUUCGCUCCGGCAGCGCCAGCUGACACUCCUGCUGAUUCCGAUGUAUGUGACUUUGGCGAUGUUCACGAAGAUGGCGCACAAAGAGGAACGUUUUCUUACAAUGGUAUAUCCCUUGAUUUGCCUGUCCGCAGCCACCACGCUGGAUACUUUGCUCUGCGGUGCAGAAAAACUAGUGGGUCUAUGCCUGCGAGAAUCAGACUCAGCCCCGAAGACACAGACAUGGAAGGCGAGCAAG